AUGAAUAGAACUCCUAACGAAAUAGAUCAAUUAAAGUUAUCUAAAUUCGUAACUGAUAUUAAAAAGCUUGAUGGAACAAAAGAUGUAGAUUUCUCAGAAAUUCUAGAAUACACUCAGAAUGAACAUACAAAAGAAAUAGCUCAGAAUUAUUUAGAUGCUUUAGAGAAAAUGAUAACAACCAUAGAUAGUUCUAAAUUAUCCACAAGUGAUAAAUUCAAUUACAAGUUUGCUUUUACUAAACAUAUGACAUCAGAAUGCAAAAGUGAAUGUAAGAGUAUAAUAAUCAAUUGUCUCGGAAUUUCAAAUAAGAAAAAAUCUAUGAUGAUAAAGGAAGUAGACAACGCAUUUCAAAAAGAAAGAGAUGAACACAAUGAGCUUAGAAAGAAGUAUAAUGAGAAACAAAAGGAACAAAUCGUAAAAGUUCCUUCAAUAGAUUUAGCUCUUACUAUAAAGAAUAAGAAAACAUUAACAAAUCGAGAAUGUUUAGAUUUUCUCAAUGAUCUAGAUAUAGAUGAUACACUUCUUGCUGAUAAGUUUAAGUUAGUGUUUCUGAAGAUUUUCCAAAUGUUUCAAGAGCAUAUGUAA